AUGGCACCACUAACGUUGAUCGAUAUCCUCUCUAACGAGUACUUGCUGUUACAUACCACCCCAUAUCUACUACCGACCGAGCUGCUGGCGCUCGGGCUCUGUUCCCGCAGCUACCAUUCUCUGAUAACGCACUCACGCUCAGUGUGGCGACACCUGAACCUGUCCCUCUCGCCAUCGCAGCAGACAGCCACAUUCACAUCCACAGCGAUCGCACAACGGACACUAACACCACGGUAUCAGUCCGAGCUACACACGUUGCUGCAAAAGCCCUUCGUCCUCCGCGAUGUCAAGACUCUCGUUCUCGACGGUCUACCAGCGACUGUAGAGCUACUGCACGACCUGUUGAACGGGAGCACCUGCCGGCUACAACUACUCUCAAUCCGCGAAUGCAGCACAAUCAACGAGCGGGAGCUAAUGCUACUAUUCCAAUACCUGGUGCGACCAUCACGGGAAACACCUCCGUCGCUGAAGGGCUGCUACCUAUUCGGCAGCAUGGACUCCCCAGGCGGGAUCUUCCCCUCCGCGCUGAAGCCGCGCGACACCAGCGCCCGCGGCCGCUUCAUCAACCCCGCCAUCUUGAGCCGCGACUGGGUCGGCAUCCUGAAGGCGUGCGAGGGCACGAUCGCGUUCGACACGCGGCUGUGCACGGGGCCGCGCCACAGCGGCGACGGCGACGGUUUCCUCGAGCCAAGGGUCGCGAAUAUUAGGCUUGCGGGCGGGUGCGCGGGCUGCGGGUCCUCGCCGGAGGCGCGGCGGCGGGGCGGCGCGGACGCCCUGCCAAGGGUCGUGUACCCGCCGGUCCCGCUGUUGAGCUCGGAUAUUCGUGUGGCGUGUAAGGCUGCUGAGGCCCGCGAGGGGGAUGUUCUCCGCUGCGAGGACUGCGCGAAGGAGCGGUGGUGCGAGCGCUGCGGGAAGUGGUGGUGCGAAGCUUGCGGGGCGAGGGACGGCGACAAGAAACUUGUCUCGCUCGACUGCUACGAGUGCGGGAUGAUUUGCGCCGACUGCACGAGGUGCACGAGUCGCACGUGCAAGUCUUGUCGCGGCGAGUACUGCGUGGUGCAGCACCGGAACCGAACGGACCAGUACACGCUGCAGCAGCGCGCCCGCACGCUCGCACGGCUCAACGCUAUCAGGAGCAGCCUUGGCGUUGCACGGUUCAAGGAUGAGGCCAUCGUGAGGAAUCGGUGCUCGCUUUUGACGUUCCACCAAGUUCCCAAAGCUCACAUCGACGACGCGGCCAUUGCCCACACGAGCAUCCGCAUCGCGAUUCGCUACGGUCCGAGCGGGGACGACAAGUCCGGGAUUGUCUCACGCAUGUCUCUCCGAGUCUCCGAUCUGUCAUCCGAAAGAUCCCAUCGAUCGUCGUGGUCGUGGUCGGUGCCCAUAUAG